UGAGAGUAAUUCAAAAUGGGAGAAGAUGUAGCAGCUUUAGUUAUUGACAAUGGAUCCGGAAUGUGCAAGGCCGGAUUUGCAGGAGACGAUGCUCCCAGAGUUGUGUUUUCACCUAAUUUUGAACGACCUAAGCAUCAGGUGGACAUAUAUAGUUUCUUCAGAGAACUUCGUGUGGCUCCAGAAGAACACCCCGUCCUCCUGACCGAGGCCCCAAUCAACCCUAUGACCAACAGAGAGAAGAUGACACAGAUCAUGUUCGAGACCUUCAACUCUCCCGCCAUGUACGUCGCCAUCCAGGCCGUACUGUCCCUGUACGCUUCCGGUCGUACAACCGGUAUCGUACUCGACUCCGGAGAUGGUGUGUCUCACACAGUCCCCAUCUACGAGGGUUACGCCCUUCCCCACGCCAUCAUGAGAUUGGAUCUCGCUGGACGUGAUCUGACCGAUUACCUCAUGAAAAUCCUCACAGAACGUGGUUACUCUUUCACCACCACAGCUGAGAGACAAAUCGUCAGAGACAUUAAGGAGAAACUGUGCUAUGUUGCUCUGGAUUUUGAACAAGAGAUGGCCACUGCUGCUUCAUCCUCAUCUCUAGAGAAGAGCUAUAAACUUCCCGACGGUCAGGUCAUCACCAUUGGCAACGAGCGAUUCAGGUGCCCAGAGGCCAUGUUCCAGCCAUCCUUCCUUGGAAUGAAAUCAUCUGGUAUCCAUGAAACAGCAUACAACAGUAUCAUGAAAUGUGAUGUCGAUAUCCGUAAAGACUUGUACGCUAACAGCUUACUAUCUGGUGGCAACACCAUGUACCCUGGUUUAGCUGACCGUAUGCAGAUAGAACUUGCAUCUCUUGCACCACAGACAACAAAAAUCAAGGUUAUUGCCCCACACGAGAGGAAGUACUCCUCCUGGCUCGGUGGGUCCAUCCUUGCUUCUCUCUCCACCUUCCAACAGAUGUGGAUCAGCAAACAAGAGUACGACGAAUCCGGCCCAUCCAUUGUCCACAGGAAAUGUUUUUAAAUAUAUAUUUUUUGGAAAACGAAACGACUUUCUCAU